GCCAGGAGGCAGUUGCUGGCGAGUCCCGGAGGCCAAGAAGGGAGUCGUUACCUCGGCUGUCGCAUCCUCGAGGGAGUCGUGCGGGUACCUCCUUACCCCCAAACCCGCUGAUAGCCCCACAGCUCCCGUGUGCUCCCGAUUUCGCCAGUCGCUCACCACUCGCCUAGCGGACCGAGCGAGCCGCCGGCAUCAUGUGCGGUAUAUUUGCUUACUUAAACUACCAUGUCCCUCGCACAAGACGAGAAAUCUUGGAGACCCUAAUCAAAGGCCUUCAGAGACUGGAAUACAGAGGAUACGAUUCUGCUGGUGUGGGAGUUGAUGGAGGCAAUGAUAAAGAUUGGGAAGCAAAUGCCGGCAAAAUCCAGCUCAUUAAGAAGAAAGGGAAAGUAAAAGCACUGGAUGAAGAAGUUCACAAACAACAGGAUAUGGAUUUGGAUAUAGAAUUUGAUGUACACCUUGGAAUAGCUCAUACCCGUUGGGCAACACACGGCGAACCCAAUCCUGUCAAUAGCCAUCCCCAGCGCUCUGAUAAAAAUAAUGAAUUUAUUGUUAUUCACAAUGGAAUCAUCACCAACUACAAAGACUUGAAAAAGUUUUUGGAAAGUAAAGGUUAUGACUUUGAAUCUGAAACAGACACAGAAACAAUUGCCAAGCUUGUUAAGUACAUGUAUGACAAUCGGGAAAGUCAAGAUACCAGUUUUACUACCUUGGUGGAGAGAGUUAUCCAACAAUUGGAAGGUGCUUUUGCACUUGUAUUUAAAAGUGUUCAUUUUCCUGGCCAAGCAGUUGUCACAAGACGAGGUAGCCCUCUGUUGAUUGGUGUACGAAGUGAACAUAAACUCUCUACUGAUCACAUUCCAAUACUCUACAGAACAGGCAAAGAUAAGAAAGGAAGCUGCAAUCUCUCUCGUGUGGACAGCACAACUUGCCUUUUCCCUGUUGAGGAAAAAGCGGUGGAAUAUUACUUUGCUUCUGAUGCAAGUGCUGUCAUAGAACACACCAAUCGCGUCAUCUUCCUUGAAGAUGAUGACGUAGCAGCGGUGGUAGAUGGCCGUCUUUCUAUCCAUCGAAUUAAACGAACUGCAGGAGAUCACCCUGGAAGAGCUGUGCAAACCCUCCAGAUGGAACUCCAGCAGAUCAUGAAGGGCAACUUCAGUUCAUUUAUGCAGAAGGAAAUUUUUGAGCAGCCAGAGUCAGUUGUGAACACAAUGAGAGGAAGAGUCAACUUUGAUGACUAUACUGUGAAUUUGGGCGGUUUGAAGGAUCACAUUAAGGAGAUCCAGAGGUGCCGGCGCUUGAUUCUUAUUGCUUGUGGAACAAGUUAUCAUGCUGGUGUAGCUACACGUCAAGUUCUUGAAGAGCUGACUGAGUUGCCGGUUAUGGUAGAGCUAGCCAGUGAUUUCCUGGAUAGAAACACGCCAGUUUUCCGAGAUGAUGUUUGCUUUUUUAUUAGUCAGUCAGGUGAGACAGCAGAUACCCUGAUGGGUCUUCGAUACUGCAAGGAGAGAGGAGCUUUAACUGUGGGGAUCACCAACACUGUCGGCAGUUCCAUAUCAAGGGAGACAGACUGUGGAGUUCACAUUAAUGCUGGGCCCGAGAUUGGCGUGGCCAGCACAAAGGCUUACACCAGCCAGUUUGUAUCCCUUGUGAUGUUUGCCCUUAUGAUGUGUGAUGACAGGAUUUCCAUGCAAGAGAGACGCAAAGAGAUCAUGCUUGGACUGAAGCGGCUGCCUGAUUUGAUUAAGGAAGUACUGAGUAUAGAUGAUGAAAUUCAGAAACUGGCAACAGAACUUUAUCAUCAGAAGUCGGUCUUGAUAAUGGGGCGUGGCUAUCAUUAUGCUACUUGUCUUGAAGGGGCACUAAAAAUCAAAGAAAUCACUUACAUGCACUCUGAAGGCAUCCUCGCUGGUGAAUUGAAGCAUGGUCCUCUGGCUUUGGUGGAUAAGUUAAUGCCUGUCAUCAUGAUCAUUAUGAGAGAUCAUACUUAUGCCAAGUGUCAGAAUGCUCUUCAGCAGGUGGUUGCUAGGCAGGGACGCCCAGUGGUGAUUUGUGAUAAGGAAGAUACCGAGACCAUUAAGAACACAAAAAGAACAAUCAAGGUUCCCCACUCAGUGGACUGCUUGCAAGGCAUUCUCAGUGUGAUCCCCUUACAGUUGCUGGCUUUCCACCUUGCUGUGCUGAGAGGCUAUGAUGUUGAUUUCCCCCGGAAUCUUGCCAAAUCUGUAACAGUAGAAUGAGGAGCAUCUGAAACUGGGCGAUUAAGGAACACAAGACACCUUUUGUAUUUAAAAUCUUGAUUUAAAAUAUCACUCCUUUAAGCCUUUUUUUUUUUUUUUUUAGUAAAUCCUUAUUUAUAUAUCAGUUAUAAUUCCACUAAAUUUGUGCUUUUUGUGAAAUUACCUCAUAUUUUUCCAGUAAUUUGUGGGGAAGUUUGAAAAAUGGAAUCAUUAUCAGAAACAGUUAGCUUUCAUUUUCUUUUUUUUAAUCAUCACCUGAAGAUCUUUUAUCCAUUGAUUUUUAGAGAGAGAGUGGAAGGGAGGGAGAGAAGGAGGGAGAAGGAGAGAGAGGAUGGAAGAGAGAGAGA